AAAAUUUGUUCAAACAUUAUUCUCGUUCAGUAUAACACAGUUUGUUUAUCUAUCAUGGCUCGUACGAAGCAGACAGCUCGCAAGUCGACCGGAGGCAAGGCUCCAAGGAAACAGUUAGCUACUAAAGCUGCACGCAAGAGCGCACCGGCCACCGGCGGAGUAAAGAAGCCUCAUCGUUAUCGUCCGGGCACGGUAGCUCUUCGUGAAAUCCGUCGUUAUCAAAAGAGUACAGAACUAUUAAUCCGCAAACUUCCUUUCCAACGUCUGGUCCGUGAAAUCGCUCAAGACUUCAAAACCGACUUACGUUUCCAAAGCUCUGCAGUUAUGGCUCUUCAAGAAGCCAGCGAAGCCUAUCUCGUCGGAUUGUUCGAAGACACCAACUUGUGCGCCAUUCACGCCAAACGAGUUACUAUCAUGCCUAAGGACAUCCAAUUAGCCCGUCGUAUCCGUGGUGAACGUGCUUAAUCGGAUCUCAUCGACUACUCAAUCUUUAAAACGGCCCUUUUCAG